CUGGACGAGUGGUUUUCGAGCUGGGCUGCCAAUCCGGUGGUCCCAGGUUCGAUUCCCGGCUCGGUCAACGCGGAAUCAGAGAAAUUUAUUUCUGGUGAUAGAAGUUCAUUUCUCGAUAUAGUGUGGUUCGGAUCCCACAAUAAGCUGUAGGUCCCGUUGCUAGGUAACCAAUUGGUUCCUAGCCACGUAAAAAUAUCUAAUCCUUCGGGCCAGCCCUAGGAGAGCUGUUAAUCAGCUCAGUGGUCUGGUAAAACUAAGAUAUACUCUCGCAGAAAAAUGAGAUCUUUCCCAAUUCCAGGGGAACUACUUACAUCGCCAGAGGCAUCACCUUCAGUAGCGAUUGAAGCCACCGGCUCUGCACGGCACUCUGCAAUUUGAAAUAGAAAUUCAAAGUGCGUGAGGGUGAGACUUACCUAAGAGCAGGACGAUGAAGACGGAGAGAGAAAAUAGCUUGAUCAUCAUGUCCCCGAGGCGGUUCAUCUUCUGCAGCUCGUGGAGAAGGAACGCGGACCGAAGAGGCUCCACAUCUUCAUGGUGGUGUUGUUGGUGGCCAUUCUAGGCGUGAGUUUCUACUUUGCCUUCUACAGGAGAGAUUGGACAACGUCCCCCGAACCCACGACGGACUUACAAGAGGCGCUCUCCAGGGUAUGCACUGAACCCCAGUCUACCCCGAGAUACGAAGGAGUCCACAGUUUCUUCGAAUAUUUGGAGGAGCCCCCUCACCCCCUCUGCCCCCCCAUCGUGAAAACGCUCGGAGGGAGGAAGGAUGAAGCCCAAGGCGAUGAAAAGAACGAGACAUCGGUGAGUUACGAAGUGGAGGGGGGACAGGAAGGCCCCCUGCCGCCGUACGCCUGUCUCACCGAGGACCGGAAGUCUUCGCAGCAACAGCCGCCGUGUGUGGCGUACUCGUUCACGACCAGCGUCCAAAACGAGGUUGCCGAGUACGCGAAGUCCCUCGGGUGCGUUCAUCACGUCUUCUCCGAAGAGGCAUCAGACAUCGGGCGGAGCUCUGUCGCAGCAGAAGAGAACAGCAUCUCCGAAGAGGCCACAGGUCACCCCCGUGACGUGAGGACCCCGGGUGCAAAACGAGACCCAAGUUUCCCCGGGGGGGAGGAGACGGGGCAACACUCGAAGCCACUCGAAGUCCUUAUCUCCUCGAUCAGGAACUCGGGACAAAAGAUUCAACUCGUCAACAUCAACGCGAAAGGUCAAGAAUGGCCCAUACUGACCCAGCUCGUUCUUCACCCUGACCUAAUCGACAUCCAACAGGUCAUUGCCAGAAUUCACCUGCCGGAGGAUAUUGGAGCCAUGUCGGAUGUCGAGAUGCAUCGAUAUUUCUCCGGGUUGCAUCAGAUCGUGAGGGGGCUCGACUGUCUGGGCUACGGAGUGAUCUCCAGCCAGCCUCUCGUCUCCGAGGUGGUGGAAAUCGGCAGCAGAAGAUACCCGACGUCCCUCCAGGUCAGCUGGCUCAAGAAAAAGUCGAUUUUUGCGCGAUGAAAUUCGCCGUGAAUGAUGAUGAGUGAAGAUGCCGUUAUUUUCACUCUCAGUAGAUUGCUCAAUUGUCUGUAGAUUGUUUAUUUUGAGUAGACUGUUGGUUUUUA